AUGAGCUCAGACUCUGCUUUCCCUAUAAUUCCAGUCCCAGAUAUGCCCCAUACACACACUCAUGCAGACACUUCAGCUGUUCUAUCCCGGGCCCUGGCAGCAGAGAACAAUCUGGUCACUUUGGAGCUGACAGCGAAGUUCUCCAAGGAAAUCCCUCAAGGAAUGACCUCUCAUAAAGAUAGUUUGGCCAUUGUCUACUUGACCAUGCUUUUCUUUGGAGUUCUGGGCAACAUGUCCCUUCUUUAUCUACACAUUCAUAAGUUCAUCACUACUCACAGGAAAAGACUCAUCAGCCUGAUCAUCAUAAAUAUGGCCUUUGCCCAUGUCUUAAUGAUUCUUUUCAGGGGCUUCUCUACAAUAAUAACCAAUUGGGGAUGGAGAGCUUUCCUAGAUGAAACAAUGGGUAAAAUCUUAACUUACCUCAUAAGAAUGACCCGGGGCCUUUCUCUUUGCAGCACCUGCCUCCUGAGUGUCUUCCAGGCCAUCAUUAUCAGCCCCAGCAACCUUAAGUGGGCACAAGUUAAAACUAGAACCCAAAAGUGUAUUCCUUCCUGCUGUAUCCUCAGCUGGAUUUUCAAUAUUCUUCUUGAUACUGUUGCACCUAUGAAUUAUAGUAGUCCAAGAAACAGGAGUAAUGAAAGGUGGAGGAUUGGACAUAUUUCUUUUGACUUGCAAGCCAUGAGUAUUAUAAAAAUUUUAAUUUGUGAGUCAGUUGUUGAUGCUCUGUUUGUGGGACUCAUGGUUGGUUCAAGUGGCUAUAUGGUGUUUGUCUUACACAGACACAAUCAGAGAGUCCAACACAUUCACAGAAUCAAGUCCAUUCUCAGUACAUCCCCUGAGAUUAGAGCCACCAAAGCCAUCCUGAUGCUGGUGGUCACAUUUGUCUGCUUUAAUUCAGUCAGUUCUCCUUUUGUUAUUUAUAUAGCUUCUGCAGCAGAAACCAGCAACUGGGCAUUACGUUUCACAGUUGCACUUUCCAUGUUUUAUCCAAUAAUCAGUCCUUUUGUGCUGAUCACCACUGACACUCAGAAGCCCAGCUCUUUUUCUUCUCUCUUAUGUUUAAAGAACUCCUCUCAGGAAGGACUCUCCAAUUGA